UCCGGUUGUCGUUGAGUGCCCGCCCCCUCCGUGUAGACCGCGGAUUUUUGAAAAUAACGAUCUGCGCAACAGCAAGACACAAAUCUAGAGUUCUCUUCAAAACAUAUUCAUAACAAAGCACCAUAAUGUCCAUCACUGACCCAAACAUCAGCGAUAGGUUUACAAGUGCAAUGGAGGAGAUCCACAACAAGGAGCUUAAAACAUACACAGACAUAAUAGACACAACGGCAGAGUUGGCCCAAUCCCACAGGCAGUUUGUGAAGUCAGCACUUGAUACGUGUUUAAAGAAGUGUAAGGAUGAUGACAUAUUGUUUGAAACAAUACAGACAUUCAAAAAAGACCUCGAAUGGAAAAAAGUGGCUUUAAAAGAGAAGCGACAGGCAAUAUCUGAAGUGAUAUCUGAGAUUCAAGAGAAGGAUAUGCAGAAAGAGGACAUUAUCCAGAAGAUUGAGAAGCUUAAAGAAGAACAAACCAAGAGAAAAGAACUGAUUGAAUCUCAAUACAGAGCAAACAAAGACAGACUGAAGAAUCUCCAAAAAGCCAGACUCGUCUUUCAGGAUCAUCUGGGGUUGGAGAUACGAACAAUUCUCGGCAAAACACAGCUGGUUAAAGGUGAAAAGUUGCAGUUUGUUUUUCGAAACAUCAACCCCUCUGAUCCAGACAGUGCCUAUGUCAUCACGAUGGGGAUUAAUGAAAGCGGAUCAUACCAGAUCGUCUCCAGUGACCCCGUGCUCGAGUGUUUGCCAGUCUUGGAAAAGCGACUUCAGGAGACCAAUAAUUUACCAGCAUUCCUGGCAAAUGUGAGGAAGGAGUUUAUCUCUCAGACGCGUCGCUAAAAUUGAACGCAGGGAAGGAUGAAAAGCAUGCAGUGACCUUCUCCCUGCAAUUUGGACUAAAGAAAGCACGGUGGAGUCAAUGGAGAGUCGUCACAGGAGGAUUACAAAUCUUUAAAUAAAAAGUCAACUUCAGGACUCUUAGAUUUUAAUUUCAAAUACCCUUUUGUACUAACAAGUGUGAAUUCUUCUUAUUAAAAAGAUGAAGUGUC